UUCAGAAGGGAUUGUAUGGCAGACCCCAACCUCCCCACGUUCUCUUCCCUUUUAUAUAACCCCACCAUUCCCCUCUUCUCUGAUCACCCCCUCUCUUCCCCUUCAUUCUCUCUUUUCCUCUCCCCUCAUUACUCCUCCUUGUUGCAUCUACAAUCACAUCAACUCCGUUUUCCCUCACAACAGAACAAUUACAAGAACAAAAAAAUGUGUACCUCUAAGGCUAAAGUGACUACAGGUGGUACUACCACUGCUGCUCCUGCUGUUGAGAUAAUAACGCCACCUUCUGCGGCCAGGAUCAAUGGCCGUCUGGUUCUUCAGCCUACUUGUAACCGUGUUCCGAGCCUCGAGCGUCGUAAUUCUUUGAAGAAAACACCACCUCAACCACUAACAUCAACUUCACCGGCUACUAAUGCUGCCAAUGGUAGCAGGGCUAAGGCCUCGUUGACGCCGCCUUUAUCCCCAAGCUCGAAGUUCCCCGCCCCGCGAGGGAGUGAUCCGAAUGGAUUGAACACGAGUUCCGAAAAGGUUGCCAUUCCCAGAAGUACUUAUAAAACCUUGGAGAGGAAGAAAUCGAAAAGUUUCAAAGAGGGUAUGGGGACUGGAUUAUCUUCUUGCGUCGAUCGACUCGAUCCCUCGUCGUUGAACUACUCGGUCGAGGCACCGGGAAGCAUAGCUGCGGUCAGGAGGGAACAGGUGGCUCUUCAACAAGCACAAAGAAAGAUGAGAAUUGCACACUACGGAAGAUCAAAAUCGGCCAAAUUCGAAUCUCAGGUCAUUCCUCUCGAUAAUCCCAUGUCUGCCGAGGAAAAGAAGAGGUGCAGUUUCAUCACCCCCAACUCAGAUCCUAUCUAUGUGGCUUAUCACGACGAAGAAUGGGGAAUUCCAACACAUGAUGACAACAUGCUCUUCGAGUUGUUGGUUCUCAGUGGUGCUCAAGUAGGCUCUGAUUGGACUUCGAUCUUGAAGAAACGUCAAUACUUCAGGGACGCAUUUUCAGGGUUUGAUGCAGAAACCGUAGCCAGCUUCACCGAGAAGCAAAUGACCACAAUCAGCACCCGAUAUGGCAUUGACAUAAGCAGAGUUCGAGGUGUUGUGGACAACUCCAACCGUAUUCUCGAGGUCAAGAGGGAGGUCGGGUCGUUCGAUAAAUACAUAUGGGGAUUCGUAAAUCACAAGCCGUUGUCGACGCAAUACAAAUUCGAUCACAAGAUCCCGGUCAAGACAUCAAAGUCGGAGAGCAUAAGCAAGGACAUUGUAAGAAGGGGGUUUAGGUACGUCGGACCGACGGUCAUCCACUCCUUCAUGCAAGCCGCCGGUUUAACCAACGACCACCUCAUUACAUGCCACAGGCACCUCCCUUGCACCUUGUUAGCCAUCCAGAGGCCACUGGUCCACUACUAAACAUUUAGAUAAUUACAUAUCCAAGCAACAAUAAUGCAUUUCAUGGGGACAAACACCAAACCAGUAGCCCCCAGAUGCAUACACAUAACUAAAAAAAGUACCUAAAAUUCAAUCUCUAACUAAUUAAACCCUUUUUUAUCUUCUUUUGUGUGAUCGUCCUAGAAAAAAGGUUUCAAUGACUUGUGACUCAAGAAAUGCUGCGAGGGUUUGGAUUUGUUUAGCCAUAAAUGAAAAGCAAAAAAAAAAA